AAAUAAAGCAAUAAUUAAUGGUAAGAGCAAUAAAUAACAAUAGAACAUUUUAACCCCAUUCUCCCGCCCUCUCCCUGCCAAGACCCGCUGGCCCAACCCCAACGCGCCCAUCCAUCCCCCAAGGCAGGUAGGGCAGGCAGAACAGAACAGCCAAACCAACCCCAUCCGAACAAACAAACAACGAACUCUCCAACCUUCCACCGCCGCUGGCCCCCUAAAUAACUCUAGCUGUUACAUCCCACCACUAUAUCCAUCCCGUACUCCAAUUGAUCGGGAUCUGCUUCUCGUCACCUGGCGCUGCUCCGCAGUAUCUGUGCCCUGGGAGUCGCAAUCCAGACCUGACCCAGUCCACUAAAAAUACAAUUUUGCUCGGGCUGAACUUCAUCACUCUCGCUCGCUCUCUCCUGAGAGAACGUAAAUAUAAAAUAUACCGACUAUCACUUCGCCUUAGGUCCCUCGCCAAAAUCCUAUGCUUCACACAUCUAUCAACUUCUAAGCUUCCUUCCCUCUCUCCCUCCCUCCCUCCCUCCCUCCGUCCCUCCCUCCGUCCGCCUAACCUCUCUACCUCUCUCCGUCCGGAUACUCUUACGACCAACGCCCUAACCUGACCCAACCGUUGCCCUCGACCCACUCUGCCCUCCCUCCCAUGGCUUCUGCCGGUGGUCUGACCCGCCGUCGCGGAGGUGUACGUUCCAACACAGAUGAUAUCAACAAUACCAAUGAUAGCAGCCGCGUCGCCUCCCCAUCUCGCCUAAACGGCUCUGGUAGUUUCGACAGCCGCGUGCCAGAGACAUCGUUCACCUCCAGCGGCCAAAAUGGCGGCCAUAAAAUUGCCUUUGAUCCCCGUGAUAUUAGUGAGAGUGAUGAGAGGAAUAAACAGCCGAAACUUACGUUGAUGGAGGAGGUGUUGUUGAUGGGGUUGAAAGACAAGCAGGGAUACCUAUCUUUCUGGAACGAGAACAUUUCAUACGCUCUACGAGGAUGCAUCGUUAUCGAAUUAGCUUUCCGCGGCCGCAUUAGCAUGCAAAAGGAUUCGUCGAGGAGACGCUUCCCGCUUGCCGACCGGGUAAUCGAGGUUAUCGACGACACGCUGACUGGAGAGGUCUUGCUGGACGAGACUCUGAAAAUGAUGAAGUCGAGUGAAAAGAUGAGCGUUAGCUCCUGGAUUGAUCUCCUAAGUGGUGAAACCUGGAACCUUAUGAAAAUCGGCUACCAACUGAAGCAAGUCAGAGAACGGCUGGCAAAGGGCUUAGUGGACAAGGGUAUCCUCCGAACGGAGAAGCGCAACUUCCUUCUCUUCGACAUGGCCACCCACCCCGUUGCAGAUACCGGCGCCAAGGACGAAAUCCACAAAAGAGUCCGGAACAUCUGCAGCAGUCGCACCGUUAUCCUCAACCCGAACCAGUUCUUGCCUGAAGAUAUUGAGUUUAGAUACCUGCGCACUGUCACGAUGGUUUGUGCGGCUUAUGCUGCCAACGUGCUUGAAAAUGCCCUAGUGACCAUGGGCCACGAGGCGCGGGAGAGGGCUUUCGCGCAGGUAGACGAGCUGUUGUCUGAAUAUUCACAAUGGCCGUUUGCGCGGCGGACAGGUGGUGCGCAGGGAAUUGGAGCGAAUUUAGCCCAAGCGGUUAACGAGGAAGUGGAGAAGGCGAAGGAUAGGGAGCUUCAACUAGAGGUGGUGGCGGCGUGUUUGAACGUAUUUACUCGUCUGGAUUCCCUUCUCUGAGCGAUCGCAACCAUUUGUUUCAAUCCUUAUUUCCCCAUAUAUUCGAUAAUGUGUCACCAUUCUUUCCACGCGCGACCUAUUUCAUCCACGCAUCCAUCUCAUCCACAGCCAUUCCUGCGCUAUGUAGCUACCCGGGCUCUCUCUAACUUUCUCUCCGAUUAUAUUACCCUCUUCUACAUCGGUCUCUACACUCAGGCCCUUUCAAUACUUUUCUAUCUCAUGAUGAAAACUGGGGAGGUUGGGGAAAGGAGACGCAAAACGGAAAUUUGUAAAAAGCGGGAACAAAAAAUUAUCUCUUUUCAUGGCAGUGAAAACUUAUUGUCUGGAUCUUCCUCUUCUCAGUCAUAUUUGUUACGUACUUCUCUAAGCCUGCUUCUCUCAUCUUCCAUAUUUCAUAUAUUUCUUUUUGCAGCUCUCUUCUUCAGUUCCUCGCGCCUGGUCAGCCUCCCGCUUCGAUACCGGAUUCCUUUUCCUUCUUGCUUAUUUUUUUGUCUUUAAUAUCGCCUGCUUUUAUUAAUCAGAUUCUUUAUGUUGUCUCGUCCGGCAAUCCCGCUUACACAAACCGUCUUGUUUCCCGGCUCCAUGCCCCCCACUUUAUCCGUGCUUUUUUACCUCAGACGAAUCAUGGGGUUAUUUCUUUACACGCCCAAGCGGGCCUUCUGGAAGAGCGAGGAAAUGAGCUAUCUAUGUACGAGAACCUCAAAUGGGGCUUGAAACUGUUGGGAUUGAAAUGAAUAGGUUAUAUCUAGCGUGGUUCUUUUCCUUGUCUAUUUCUUCGUCAUCCUGUGUGCUCUAUUCCCUUUUUCUUUAGUUUGCUGCUAUCAUGUCUUCUGUCAUAAGCCUUUUUUUUCUAUCCCCCUCGAUGUUAUUUAUAUUUAGUAUUUAGUCCUCCCUUUUAUUCUAUUGUUACUAUUAUUGUUACCAUGUCUCCCUCCAUCUGGCCUCGUACAAUCCCCAACGCUGUUCAUCCUCUAUAGAUGAUGUGUGAUGAUUAGAGUCAAGUUGACAUUGCUCAGACAUAGCUAUGGCUUUAAACCGACAUACAGCAUUCUUUCAUUUCCGUUAUUUCACGAUGACAGCUUCCCCCCGCCCUCUCCCAUGUACUGUAUGCCAAAACCAACCCAAGCACGCCUACCUAUCGUAACAAUUGACCCUCAAAACCACUUUGCCCCUCGAUCUCCUGCUCUCCACCAACUCCAUCGCCUCUCGCCCCUGAUACAGCUCCAUCUCCUUCUCCACAAACGCCUUCAACUCCCCCUUCUCCACCAGCAACGAAAUCUUCUCCAACUGCUCCCCGACCGGCCGAACAAUGAAAAACCGACUCCUCAGCCCCCUCUGCGCAAUCGCAUCCCUGACCCCCGCCCACUCGGGCUCCUGCUCAGGAACAGGCUGCGCAACACUAAUAAUAAUCCCGCCAUCCCUGACAACAGCGGGAUCAUACGCCUGCCGCAGUGUCUGGCCCCCAAUACAGUCCAGCACAAGAUCCACAGGCUCCCAGGCGCGUUUCCGAAACGCCUCGGCGAGCCCUUCCUUC